GCUCCCACCAGGCGCGCAGCCUUCACGAAUCACGACGCAGCGCAUCCAGCAAUUCCUCGCAGCCCUCACCCGCGCAGUCGCUGCUGAGCGCCGCCCCAGCUCCCCGUGCCGCCGCGUCUGAUAUGUCGCGACCAGCCGCCACCUGACCCUGCCACGCUCCGCAACCACCGCCGCCCGCCCCAGUGCCUCCGCCAUGGCCGACCUGAACCAGGAGCUGCAGACGCGGCUCCAGGCACUGGACCACGAGCUGGAAGAGGGCGACAUCACGCACAAGGGGUACGAAAAGCGCCGGACGCUGCUGCUGUCGCAGUUCCUGGGCCCCGAGUACUCGGCCCAGCUGCAGAACGACGUGCAGCCCAGGGCCUCCGCCGACACCGAGCACGACGGCGCCGCCGACCGCCACGCAUCCUUCGCCGCCCUCUCGUCGGCCGCCGCCCCGCCCACGCUCGACCUCCCACGGCCCGACUCGUACUAUGGCGACCCGGGCGCGCCCGCAGCGGCACCCGCGCCCUACGCCGAAGCGCUGCCAGGCACCAGCACCAUGGCCAGCGCGCCCUACGCAGCCUCGCCGGCGGGCACCAGCACCAUGGGGAGCGCCCAGCAGUACAUGGCCUACCCGCCCAGCCAGGUCGGGCGCUUCCAGGAGAAGCAGCUGGGCAUCCGGACCAGCUCCCUGCUACAGCAGCAGCCGCCGUCGCGGAACAGCGAGACGUUCCUGACCCGCCCCCAGACGCCCGAGAGCUACUCGUACUCGCGCGAAGGCACCAUGAUGGACUCCAACUUCGCCUUCAACCCCGACACCCAGCCGGGCUACGACGGCUACGGCACGCCCGGGGAGGCCAGCCGGAGAAGCACCAUGCUGGACGUCCACCAGGGCUACUUCUCCGACUUCACCGGCCAGCAGAUGCAGGACCAGCGCGACUCGUACGGCGGGCCGAGUCGCUACUCGGUGGGCGACGCCUUCUCGCCCACGGCAGCUAUCCCUCCCCCCAUGAUGCAUCCUGCCGAUCUGCCCGCGGGCGUCGUCGAGACACAGCUCCCCCUCGAGCCGCGCGACCUCCCCUUCGACGUCUACGACGGGCACAAUACGAACGUUCAAAUGUCAAAGUUCGACAACAUCGGCGCUGUGCUGCGUCAUCGCGGGCGCGCCCAGCCACGGCAGACGGCCUUCUGGGUCCUCGACGCAAAGGGCAAGGAGACGGCGUCCAUCACCUGGGACAAGGUGGCGAGCCGGGCCGAAAAGGUCGCCAAGGUCAUACGCGACAAGAGCAACCUGUACCGCGGGGAUCGCGUGGCGCUGGUGUACCGCGACGUCGAAGUCAUCGAGUUUGUCGUUGCGCUGCUGGGCUGCUUCAUCGCGGGCGUUGUCGCAGUCCCCAUCAACAGCGUCGACGACUACCAGAAACUCACCCUUCUCCUUACCACCACCCAAGCCCACCUGGCCCUGACGACGGACAACAACCUCAAGACGUUUCACCGCGACAUCAGCCAGAACAGACUCAAGUGGCCCAGCGGCGUGGAGUGGUGGAAGACGAACGAGUUUGGGAGCCAUCACCCGAAGAAGCAAGAUGACACACCAGCCCUGCAGGUCCCUGAAGUCGCCUAUAUUGAGUUUUCGCGCGCUCCAACCGGCGACCUGCGGGGUGUCGUGCUCAGCCACCGAACCAUCAUGCACCAGAUGGCCUGCAUCAGCGCCAUGGUCACGACGAUACCCACUGGGCACGACAACGCAGACACAUUCAGCUCAACGCUGCGAGAUAAGAAUGGAAAAUUCAUCGCGCCUCCUCCCCGGUCAUCACCCACUGAAGUAAUUCUCAGCUAUCUCGAUCCACGCGAGAGUGCGGGCCUCAUCCUCAGUGUAUUGUUUUCAGUCUAUGGUGGGCACACGACAGUCUGGUUAGAAUCAGCUACCAUGGAGACGCCAGGCUUAUACGCACAUCUCAUUACUAAAUAUAAGACGACUAUCAUGGUCUCAGACUAUCCGGGCUUGAAGCGCGCUGCUUAUAACUAUCAACAGGAUCCGCUGGCUACGAGGAACUACAAAAAGAAUACGGAGCCCAACUUUGCCCCGGUCAAGAUUUGCUUCAUCGACACACUUACGGUCGAUUGCGAGUUUCACGAAAUUCUUGGAGACAGGUGGUUUCGACCAAUGAGGAAUCCCAGAGCGCGGGAGCUCAUCGCGCCCAUGCUAUGUCUACCCGAACACGGCGGUAUGAUCAUAUCCGUGCGUGAUUGGCUCGGCGGCGAAGAGCGCAUGGGUUGCCCAUUGAGCAUAGAGGAGGAGGAUCCGUACGACGAAGACAAGAAGAUCGAAGAAUCAGGUGCACCCAACGGCUACUCUAGUCUCAUCGGAGGCGGUGGAGCUGCAAAUACGAAAAAGAACAAGCAAAAGAAGGGGCGCAACGAGCUGACGGAGAUUCUGUUGGAUAAAGAAGCGUUGAAGAUGAACGAAGCAGUGGUGCUUGCCAUAGGGGAGGAAGCAAGCAAACGUGCCAACGAGCCAGGCACUAUGAGAGUCGGCGCUUUUGGAUAUCCUAUCCCGGAUGCAACGCUUGCUGUGGUAGACCCUGAGACCAAUCUGCUAUGCUCCCCCUAUUCCAUAGGCGAGAUAUGGGUAGACUCGCCGUCGCUUUCUGGUGGGUUCUGGCAACUGCAGAAGCAUACCGAGUCGAUCUUCCACGCUCGCCCGUAUCGUUUCGUCGAGGGGAGCCCAACCCCGCAGCUACUCGAGCUGGAGUUUCUUCGUACCGGACUCCUCGGCUGCGUUGUACAAGGCAAGAUCUUCGUCUUGGGAUUGUAUGAAGACCGCAUUCGACAACGGGUAGAAUGGGUUGAGCAUGGUGUGCUAGAGGCCGAACAUCGAUACUUUUUCGUACAGCAUCUCGUCACUAGUAUCAUGAAGUCGGUCCCUAAGAUCUAUGAUUGCUCGGCUUUUGACUCGCAUGUAAACGGUGAGUAUCUGCCGAUCAUACUUAUUGAGACGCAGGCGGCAUCGACUGCCCCUACAAAUCCAGGUGGCCCGCCACAACAGCUCGACAUCCCCUUCCUAGACUCGUUGUCAGAACGAUGCAUGGAGGUGCUGUACCAGGAACACCAUCUGCGAGUGUACUGUGUGAUGAUCACUGCGCCCAAUACUCUCCCGCGCAUUAUUAAGAACGGCCGACGGGAGAUUGGAAACAUGCUGUGCCGACGAGAAUUUGACAAUGGCUCUCUACCUUGCGUCCAUGUCAAGUUUGGAAUCGAACGGUCUGUCCAAAACAUUGCUCUUGGCGAUGACCCUGCGGGAGGCAUGUGGUCGUACGACGCAUCCAUGGCGCGUCAAAACUACCUGAUGCUCCAAGACAAGCAAUACUCUGGAGUUGACCACCGAGAGGUUGUCAUUGACGAUCGUACUUCGACACCGCUAAACAAAUUCUCCAAUAUUCAUGAUUUGAUGCAGUGGCGAGUGUCACGACAGCCCGACGAACUUGCGUACUGCACCGUCGACGGCAGAGGCAAAGAGGGAAAAGGCGUCAACUGGAAAAAGUUUGAUCAAAAAGUUGCGGGUGUGGCGAUGUAUCUCAAGAAUAAGGUCAAGAUACAGGCUGGCGAUCAUCUACUGCUGAUGUACACGCACUCCGAGGAGUUUGUGUAUGCGAUCCACGCCUGUUUCGUUCUGGGAGCUGUCGCAAUCCCCAUGGCGCCCAUCGAUCAGAACCGGCUGAACGAAGAUGCGCCUGCAUUGCUCCACAUCCUGUCAGACUUCAAAGUCAAGGCCAUCCUAGUCAAUGCAGACGUGGAUCAUAUGUUGAAGGUCAAGCAAGUGUCCCAGCACAUCAAGCAGUCGGCAGCCAUUCUCAAAAUCACUGUGCCGGCUACAUACAAUACUACCAAGCCACCCAAGCAAUCAAGCGGUUGUCGUGAUCUCAAGCUGACCAUACGACCUGCUUGGGUACAAGCGGGCUUUCCCGUCUUGGUGUGGACAUACUGGACACCGGACCAGCGACGGAUUGCUGUGCAACUGGGUCACAGCCAAAUCAUGGCGCUUUGUAAGGUGCAGAAGGAGACUUGUCAGAUGACGAGCACACGACCGGUCCUCGGAUGUGUCCGAAGCACAAUCGGGCUCGGAUUUGUCCACACAUGCGUCAUGGGGGUGUUUCUUGCCGCUCCUACUUAUCUAGUGUCGCCCGUUGAUUUUGCGCAAAAUCCCAACAUUCUUUUCCAGACCCUGGCAAGGUACAAGAUCAAGGAUGCGUAUGCAACCAGCCAAAUGCUGGACCACGCUAUUGCACGUGGUGCCGGCAAGACGAUGCCACUUCAUGAGCUGAAGAACCUCAUGAUUGCGACCGAUGGCCGUCCGCGUGUUGAUGUUUAUCAGAGAGUUCGCAUGCACUUCCAGCCAGCCAGCCUUGAUAAAACGGCGAUCAAUACUGUCUACUCACACGUUCUAAAUCCCAUGGUAGCGUCAAGGUCGUACAUGUGCAUUGAGCCAAUUGAACUGCAUCUCGACGUUAACGCUCUGAGACGAGGCCUUAUCCUCCCAGUAGACCCGGAUCUGGAGCCAAACAGUCUGUUAGUCCAAGACUCUGGUAUGGUUCCAGUCAGUACACAGAUAGCCAUUGUCAAUCCCGAAACGAACCAGCUAUGUCUGGUCGGCGAGUACGGAGAGAUCUGGGUACAGUCUGAAGCAAAUGCGCACAGUUUUUACGGCUCGAAAGAACGACUUGACGCGGAGCGGUUCAACGGCAGGACUGUUGACGGAGAUCCGAAUGUAAGAUAUGUUCGUACUGGAGACCUUGGCUUCCUACACAACGUCACUCGACCCAUUGGGCCCAACGGCGCGUCUGUCGAUAUGCAGGUGCUCUUUGUACUUGGCAGCAUCGGAGACACGUUUGAAGUCAACGGGCUGAACCACUUCUCCAUGGAUAUCGAGCAGUCUGUGGAACGUUGCCAUCGGAACAUUCUGCCCGGAGGCUGGUAUGUCCAAGUCCUGACCCAACUAGGUUAUGCAAUUGCUGACACCGUGCACAGUGCUGUUUUCCAAGCUGGUGGCUUGGUAGUCGUGGUUGUGGAGAUUUUCCGCCGCAACUUUCUCGCCUCCAUGGUUCCAGUCAUCGUCAAUGCAGUUCUAAACGAGCAUCAACUCGUGAUCGACAUUGUUGCCUUUGUCAUCAAGGGCGACUUCCACCGCUCACGCCUGGGCGAGAAGCAGCGUGGCAAGAUCCUCGCUGGGUGGGUGACACGCAAGAUGCGUACAAUCGCGCAAUACAGCAUUCGUGACCCCAAUGGCGCGGACAAUCAAAUCACAGAAGAGCCAGUGGGUCGUGCAAGCACCAGUACAUUCAUGCGAAACAGCAUCGGCGGCCCAGGCAGCAUGAAGAGCCCCUCUCUGCACGGUGCUGGUAGCACACUUGGCAUGACCGCCCAGAUGAACCAUCUGCAAAUGCAGAUGAACGCCCAGGAACUGGCGGCACAGUCGCAAUUCGCGGCGGCCCCUGCUGACUCGCUCGGACACGCGAGUUAUCAGCCAUCGAUCCCUGGCAUGAGCCCAGGCCCAUUUCACAACGGAAACGACAUAACGCCUACAGAGGAAAGGAUGAGGUUUCCACCGCACUUAGAGGAGCAUGCUCCAUUGAACUACUUGCCCGUCGACAGAGCGGGUGUCUUUGAUGAUAACCCCGGGGUUGGGACAGAGUAUGUGCAGCCGCAGGAUUUCAACUACUUGCCACAGCAGCAGUAUGCCGCUCCAAGCGCUCCACUGCCCAAUAUUCUACGCGCGGGGCCUAUGGAAGAGAGGGGCUAUGCACCGGAACCGACCUUCUAUAGCUACCAGGACCAAGAAGCUGCUGAUGACCAGCAAGGCGAUGGCCGCUGGCAGACGCAGGAUAGCGAUUAUGGCUAUGGCGGCGGGGGCGGUGGAGGAGGUCUGAGAGUUGCGAACCGGGAUUCGGGCGACUCGAACGACUCAUGGACGAAGGAUGCAUUAAACGGCCUGAAUUUUGCUGGGUCGCAAGCGCGACGGUAGGAAGGGAUAUCAUUUUUUGGACUGGCAUGGGUUGGGGUCUUCGCGAUGGGUUCAGUGUUUCAUGCCGAUAAGAUUGAGGUCUUGUAUGUUGUGAACUAGCUGUCUGGGGAGUGCCACUAGCUGGAUGAGGUGGUGAAGGAGUCGGAGCGUCGGUGAAGCCUUUCUGGAUGGAUAAAUCAGUCUUGGCCAAGACGCUGGACCUCGGACAUGAGGUGAACUGAAUGCAUAAGAAUACUGCUAUGAUGCAGUCGCUUCUUAUUAUUCGCAUUACCAAUACGCAUUUUAUAUCACACAGGGAAGGGUAGUUCCAGAAACCUUCGAGAAAAGCACCAGAGUGGUUGUACACUACCGUUUGCAAGUUCUUGAUCUCACGGAGCUCGCAUGUGAGAACAGCUCGAGUGUCGCUUACUGCCCACUGCUCGCCGGUGGUCUGGUCCAUGUCAAGGAUUUCGGUGACUACUG